UUUGCUCAGUUGGUCAAUACACAUAAAAGUUAGUAAACAGCAAGCAAUGGACGUUAGCAUAUAUUCCACUGAGUAGCUUAACGUUUCCUUGCAAUUUGUAUCUUAAGUAGUGGAUUGUGUCCAAACAGCAAUGGAGGGUGAAGAAAUUGUUCCCAACCGUAAUGGAAAAGCAGAAUUGCGCAAGCAGAAGUUAACAGAGUACUUGGCAGCCAAAGGAAGACUGAAACUCCCUAACCCAAAACCCUAUCUUCGAAAUAACAUUAAAGCAGAGACCGCAACCGUGACUAAUAUGAAGGCUGAUCUGGCAAAUGGGAAAGAGAACUCUGCAACAGGCAAGGAGAACCGGGGUCCAAACAACUUUAAGACAAAAGGGCAAUCUGCAAUGGUUCACUCUACAUCAACCAAAGCUGUUGUCAAAAGAAACCUCUGCAGUACAACAAACAAACAGGGCUCCACCACUAGCAGCACUCUCCAUCCCCUCAGUGAUGCAUUGAUUACAGCCCGCCUCAAUGCUCUCAAAAGUACAUCAAAGAUGUUAGUCAGGGGUCACCCUGCCAGCCUGACAACAGUUCCAGCCAGACCUAACUCCAAUGUCUCCAUCAGAAUGUGCUCAGGCCCCAACAGCCAGACCAGAUUACAUCCCAACCCAACGGUAAAAAACAAUUAUUCACGUCCUGUAAGUAGCUUAGGGCCCAGUGCGGCCGUCCCCCGUCCCAGUGCGGCCGUCCCCCGUCCCAGUGCGGCCGUCCCCCGUCCCAGUGCGGCCGUCCCCCGUCCCAGUGCGGCCGUCCCCCGGCCCAGUGCGGCCGUCCCCCGGCCCAGUGCGGCCGGCCCCCGGCCCAGUGCGGCCGGCCCACUCCCAAAAACUGUGGCCAAAGCCAAGGUUGGCCGGGAUGCACCUAGAAUUACACAGCCCAGAUCUGCCAUCUCAGCCCCCACAACCUUUUUCUGUAACAAAGGGCGCUCAAACGCUGCCCUCCCAAUCCCAGCAGUCACCCAGAAGCUAGUUGGUACUCAACAGAAAACAAAUCCUUUCACUGCUGUGUGUAAACCUAACCAGAGGACAGGUGCCUUGUCUGUGGAGGAUGAGCCGAAGAGGAGCACGUUUCUGAGCAGGACAUAUUCUAAAACUCUUCCAAGGACAACCGGUAAAAUGGCAGGACUGAAGCAACCUGUCUCCAGACCUAAACCAUCCAGCCAAGAUCUAACCAGUCCUGGAUCCAAGACUGCAGUUAUGAAACCGGUGGAUGAAGGAAAACUGCCUCUGAUGAAAAAAUCCAAGGUCCUGGUUCGUGAAGUUGUGCCUGCGAAGAGGGCUCCACCACAGCACAAGGCUGGGGCUAUAACUGCAGGAGCGCCUGCUGCCUGGACACGAAAGCCUGUCCAUCGAGCCUCCGAAGGACUAGCGGGGAGCCAAUGGCAGGUCAAGGCUUUGAGUAGGGCCAUGCAUGAGGCCGUGGCUAAGAUGGGAUGGAACUGCAGCGGAGAGGAUAACAGAGAGGCGACGAGUGACGGUAACACUUCUACACCGUUGGGUUGGUCUAACAACAGGAUAGUGAACGGCGCUUGGAUCCCUCAGACAAUGCCGCACGUCACCACAGAGUCCAGCCACGAAGAGGCGGAGAUGGGCUGGGAGGCUGGUGUUGGCCUGAAGACGCCCAGAGAUCAGGCCAGGGUCAUCCCCCAGACGGAAGGCAGGAAAAAGAUGACUGCUGCACAAGAGGAAAGGAUACAGAAGCUUCAAGAAUGGCGUGAGAGAAAAGGCAUUUCUUAUAAACGUCCCCCCAUGCCAGUAAGGCCCUUUCGGACCCGGCGAACUGUGGCCCUACCUCAGCCUUACUGGGCCACUAUGGAGGAUGAGGACGUGGAGGCCAAGUCCCUUGUUGGUGCAGUAGACCAGUGCCUGGCUGAUUGCAUCAAACUGCUGGAUGAGGGCUGCCCGUCCACCCAGGUGCAGGAGAUGCUGUCCAGUGUUCCCAUGGCUAAAAAGUUCUCCAAGUACUGGAUCUGCCUGGCCCACCUGAUGGAGCGCCAGGGCGACCUGGAUGUGCUGCCUCUCUUUGAAGAGGCAGUACGUGUAGUUCUAGAGCCAGUGGAUGAGCUACGGACUGUUGUGUUUGAAAUGCUGAAAAAGAAGGAAGAGCGACAAGGUCUGACUCCCGUAGUAUCGGAGGAAGAAGAGCAUAUAUUGCCACCGGCUUCCAGACCAGAGCCUGCGGCUACACCAAAAGCCGUCAAAGCCCUGAUUUGUGGUGAGAGAGGAGGAUCCUCUGUGGUCAAGUACAAGAUCACUACCACACCCGGUGGCUUCAGGAGCCAGCAGAGGGAGCAGGGGGUCACCCGCAGAGUAGACGGACACAAGCUCAGGUUUUUCACGCCUGUUCGUCGCUCUGUGAGGAUUGAGGGGACCACUCUCCACUACCCUGCCUCCCUCCAGGAACAUGAUGUCUGCGUGGCCUCUUUCAAUGAUCUGAUGGCCCAGGAGGAGAGAACCUUGGAAACAGAGCGCGAGGGUGACCAAGAGGGGCGAGGGAGUGCAGUGCCUGCCCCGAACGACCACCUGUAUGUGUACAGAGAGAACGAGGCACUGAGAGACCAGGUCAGUAUCCAGCUGGUCUAUGCCGAAGAAGACUAAAGGGCUUUGACUUUAUACUCUAUCCAAUUGGUGCCCACAUUAAAAGAAAUGCUAAAUUGUUUUCUGUUAAA